AUGGCUCCCCACGCAAACGGCUCCAGCAACACCAGCACUAUGGAUGGUGCAUCCUCCCAAUCCUCUAACCAAGACUUGUUCACCGUUAGCUCUCCUAACGUUCUCUACACUGAUGACGAGAUUCGCUCAAAGUACAAUUAUCGUACCACCGCUGUCACUCAGUCUGCUAACGGCAACUUUGUUGCUACUCCCAAAGAAACUGUCUAUGACUUCAAGGUCGAACGUAAGAUCCCCAAGACAGGUAUGAUGCUUGUCGGUUGGGGUGGAAACAAUGGUACAACCGUUACUGCCGGUAUCAUUGCUAAUCGUCGUGGUCUUUCAUGGGCAACUCGUGAGGGUACCCGUGAGCACAACUACUAUGGCUCUGUUGUGAUGGGUUCAACCAUGAAACUCGGUACUAACGCGAAGACUGGCGACGAUGUCAACAUUCCUUUCCACAAAGCUUUGCCAAUGGUUCACCCCAAUGAUUUGGUCAUCGGUGGUUGGGAUAUCAGCGGCUUCAACUUGUCUGAUGCCAUGGAUCGUGCUGGUGUCCUCGAACCUACCUUGAAGCAACAAAUCAAGAAGGAAAUGACUGACUUGGUUCCACUUCCUGGUCUUUACUACCCAGAUUUCAUUGCUGCCAAUCAAGAAGAUCGUGCCGACAACCUUAUCCCAGGUAGCAAGGCUUGCAAUGAGCAUGUUGAAAAGAUUCGUCAAGAUAUCCGUGACUUCAAGGCCAAGAACGAACUCGAUAAGGUCAUUGUCCUCUGGACUGCCAACACCGAACGUUUUGCUGAGCUUAUUGAUGGUGUAAAUGACACUGCCGAUAACCUUUUGAAAGCUAUCGAGAACGGACACGAAGAAGUUGCUCCUUCCACUAUCUUUGCUGUUGCUUGCAUUCUCGAGAAUGCACCUUUCAUCAACGGUUCUCCACAAAACACAUUUGUUCCUGGUUGCAUUGAGCUUGCAGAGAAGCACAACUCCUUCAUUGGUGGUGAUGACUUCAAAUCUGGUCAAACCAAGAUGAAGUCUGCUCUUGUCGACUUCUUGAUCAGUGCUGGUAUCAAGCUUACUGCUAUCUCCAGUUACAAUCAUCUUGGUAACAAUGAUGGAAAAAAUCUCAGCUCUCAAAAGCAAUUCCGUUCCAAGGAGAUUUCUAAAUCCAAUGUUGUCGAUGACAUGGUCGCUGCUAAUAACGUUCUCUACAAGGAAGGUGAACAUCCUGAUCAUUGUGUUGUUAUCAAGUACAUGCCAGCUGUUGGUGAUAACAAGCGUGCCCUUGAUGAGUACUAUGCUGAGAUUUUCAUGGGAGGUCAUCAAACCAUUUCGCUCUUCAAUGUUUGCGAGGAUUCUCUUCUUGCUUCACCACUGAUCAUUGAUCUUGUUGUCCUUGCAGAGAUGAUGACUCGUAUUCAAUGGAAGGCACAUUCUACUGAUGGUGCUACCACCAAGGAUUACAAAAACUUCCACAGUGUUCUUAGCAUUCUCAGUUACAUGCUCAAGGCACCUUUGACUCCACCUGGAGCUCCAGUCGUUAAUGCACUUGCCAAGCAACGCGGUGCUUUGAUUAACAUUUUCCGUGCUUGUGUUGGUCUCGAACCAGAGAAUGACAUGACUUUGGAACACAAGCUUUAUUAG